UCCGGUUAUCGUUGCUUAAACCUGUUUUUAUUUUCGAUAACCGGAUCCAUUUCGUCGAUAACCGGAUAAUUUUUCUUGCACGAGAAAAAAUCUUGAGCCACACAUUUUUUUGGUGUUCUUCUUCUUCACCUCUGCUGAUGGAAAAAUCGUGAGUUUAGAAGCAAAAAUGGUUGAUUUUCUUCGAGAAAUUUGACAGAACUUUCCCCAGGUUUCAUAUUUUUAUCAUUAAUCAGAUAAUUCAUAGAGAUUUACGCUUAUGGUAGUUAGUAUUCUCAUGAAAUUUUGAGUCUUGGAAUGUUGAUUGAGCUCGAUUUCUGAGAAAUUUGCAAUCUUUUGUUCAUUGUAAACGUAAAAAUUGAAUCUUUGAGUAGAAUGUGUAUUUUGUUUAGUCUAUAGUUUCUCUUCAAGAAAUAACUCUUUGAUAGAUUUCUGUAAGGUUUGGUAAUUGGUACUGUGAGUUUUGAUUAUCAUGUCAUGUUUCCUGAUUAGAUGGUGCAUUAUUGUGUGACCAAGAUUGCUUAAGGAAAUGGGUUUGGUGGGUUGUGUUGGUAAGUCUUCUCUUGUAUCUAUGGAGUUGAGGUGGGCAAGGAGGAGAAAAUCUGAUAAUGCUGCAUCGGCAUUGCCUCGAUCGAUACCUAUAUAUAUCUCUACGUUGAAGAAAGACAUAAAUCUAGAGGAAUUGAGGAAUUUGUAUUCACUUUGUAACCAUUCUUGCAACCGUUUGUCUGAGAAAGACAGCAACGUUGAAAAGAUUGUUGACAUGAAAAAGCUGCGUAGAGCUAUCUCUCGCAGUGAUGUUAUUGUAUCUGUGUUUUGCAAACCACAACACGUGGAUGUUGAUGAUGCGGUUUUGUAUUCAGAAGAAGAAAGUUUAUCUUCUUCUUUGUAUACUUCAGAAUUUGGGAGACAAAAUAAGGAUGAUAGUUUUCUGGGAGACUUGUUUCAGAAUGCGGUGCCUCUCACUCCUUCCAAUGGACAGCUUGUUGGAUUCGGUCGUGCUUAUUCUGAUUAUGGCUUGACCGCUUCUAUCCAUGAUCUAAUGGUACUUUUACCUAUAGCACAAGUUUAACAGGUUAUAUAGUGGAAUUCGCUUCAUUACCUGGUCUAGUCGAGCUGUAAUAGCUUCUGUUUGGUGCUAAGAUAUGUGAUUUGGUCUCAGUGUUUUCCAGGUUUUACCUUCACUACAAAGGAUGGGGAUUGGUAAACUGAUAGUAAACAGAAUUGUCAGGCUACUCACAAGCAGAGACAUUUACGACAUAGCAGCUCUCUGCUUCGAGGAUGAAAGGCCAUUCUUCAAAGCAUGUGGGUUUGGAGAUGACAGGAUGGGUUCCACAACAAUGAUGUUCACAAAGAGCUUGGAGGCAUAAAAGCAAAGCGAGAAUGCUGAUGGAUCUUCAGAAACUGCAGGUCAAAGCAAGUUAUAUUGAUCUCUAAAUGAUGACCAACGAGAAAGGCCAAAGAUUCAGAGUCUUUCUUGCAUUUGGAAUUGAUAUCUAGUGGUUUACUCUCUUUUUUCCUUCUUAUCUCUUUCCAUGUAAGGGAAAUCUACUUAGUCCCAUGUUUGACUUUUAUUCACUAGUCACUCUCUUAUUCCCCCGUUUAUUUAUCUUUUGAGGAAAUUUGCAGAAUUGUUCUAAACAAAGUGAUGAAUGAGAGCCAACAAAACUUUCUUAAGAA